UAGGCGUCAUUGUAAAUAAGAAUUUGUUCUUAACUGAUUUGCCUAGUUAAAUACAUAUUUUUUUAAUCAAUCAUCCGGGGUUUCUGACGAGAUAGCUAGGAUUCGCAUUACAGUGGGUUUACGCCGGUGCAGCAGCCACAUAUAUGCUCCGUAUUUAAACACGUGAUCCGUCAAACCAUGUCAUGAAAAUAAUAUAUUUUUUACAAACCGUUUUACCGCAUACUUAUGACGUUAUUCAGUGGUUACUUUUAGCUGCUUUUGCGAUGGUGUGCACGGUGGUGGUACACUGUAAAUUGCAUAUAAUAUAAUCCACAUUCCUAGACAUCAAACUAGCGCUGGAGUCAGAGUAGCUUUAUCGAGUGCACUCUCAGAAUUUGUGAUGAGGCGGGAAAUGGCGUCCAAAGAGCCCGUCGAUGGUCUGUGGUUCUGAACACAGCUGGCAGCGAUAACGACGGCCAGACCUCUCUCUCGGUGGCCGCCCCGUUGCGGCUACCAGUGUGGACAGGCAAGCGGCAAGUUUGGUUACGAAUUUAUUGCACCAUCGUCUUCCAUGUAACGUGUAGGAUGAUGAGGUUGAGAGUGCGGAAAGCUUCUCAGCAGCCCAGCACCAAACCAAAACCUACUCCCAAAUCCAGCCCCGGCCUUCCAGCCCCAGCCUCAGCCCCCCGCCCAGCCCAGGCCAAGAGGAAAAACUGUGAGGUGGAGCCCACUGCCGUGACCAGGAGAGGCCUCAGAAUGCAGAAGAAUGAGACAGGCCUGUUUUCCACCAUCAAGAAGUUCAUCAGGGGAAAUGCUGUCAAGAUGGAGCAUGAUAUCCCAGCUAAGAGGAGUCGUGUUGAUUGUAAAGUGGACAGCAGCAACCUAAUCACGUCUUCUCCUCAUCCUCCUAACAAAGCUAUCCCCAGGGGCUGCAGGAGAAGCGUAAACAAACCUGAUCCAAUGACGUUGAACAGUAAGCCCCUGAAGCCCAACGGUAAACUGGAGGUCCCCGUGGAGGUAGCCAUCAGCCCUCCUCGCACUACUCUCCUGGGGACCAUCUUCUCUCCAGUCUUCAACUUCUUCUCACCUGCAACCAAGACGGCCACUCUUGGGUCUGACUCACCUGGGCAGGUGCUGGAGGCUGAGGAGAUUGUGAAGCAGCUGGAGGUGGAGGAAUUGUCCACCAGUACCCCCACAUCUACAGAAGGUGUCGUCCUGUCUCCUGUUGCUCCAGUACCACCACCACCGCCGGCUCUUCUGGCUACACCAGAACCACCUGUCGAGGAAGGGGAGAUGGUUACAGAAACAGAUAUGCCCCUUCUAACAGCUCCGGAAUGCACCCCAGUCAGCUGUUACCCCCACGCCCCUCACACGGCCCCUGCAGACGGCACCUACGAGGAGGACUGGGAAGUCUUUGAUCCGUACUUCUUCAUCAAACAUGUGCCUCCGUUGACAGAGGAGCAGAUAGCCAGGAAACCAGCACUGCCUCUCAAAACACGCAGCACACCAGAGUUCUCCCUGGUCCUAGAUUUGGAUGAGACGUUGGUGCACUGUAGUCUGAAUGAGUUGGAGGACGCAGCCCUGACCUUCCCUGUGCUGUUCCAAGACGUCAUCUACCAGGUGUAUGUGCGGUUGAGGCCGUUCUUCAGAGAGUUCCUGGAACGCAUGUCUCAAAUUUACGAGAUCAUUCUGUUCACUGCCUCUAAGAAGAUGUACGCAGACAAGUUACUGAACAUACUGGACCCCAAGAAACAGUUGGUCAGGCAUCGUUUGUUUCGUGAGCACUGUGUAUGUGUUCAAGGAAACUACAUCAAGGACCUAAACAUUCUUGGAAGAGAUCUUUCAAAAACCAUAAUAAUCGACAAUUCACCUCAAGCCUUCGCCUAUCAGCUUUCCAAUGGGAUUCCCAUCGAGAGCUGGUUCAUGGACAGGAAUGAUAACGAGCUUCUCAAGCUGGUUCCUUUCUUGGAGAAGCUAGUGGAGAUGAAUGAGGACGUGAGGCCUUACGUCAGAGAACGGUUUCGUCUUCACGAUCUCCUUCCUCCAGACUGAUUUUGUGAUUGGUUGAGCCAGCAGGCUAACCCAUAGAAAUAUAGAAUGUGUAUUUAUAUUAGAAUGUUCAUUCUAAUUCUAUGGACUAGGCCUGCAGUACAUGGGAGAGGGAUGCCUUCCCUUCAACACAGCGGAGAUGAGGAGAAUCAAGUUUAACUGACUCUAAUGAGGAUGUUGUUUUUUAAAUGGAUCUCUGUCUACAACUACAACGUUUUCAUUACCGAUGAAAAUACCAACAACAAAACACCAUUACAGAGGAUUGUCUUGUUACAGAAAACAACAAAACACCAUUACAGAGGAUUGUCUUGUUACAGAAAACAACAAAACACCAUUACAGAGGAUUGUCUUGUUACAGAAAACAACAAAACACCAUUACAGAGGAUUGUCUUGUUACAGAAAACAACAAAACACCAUUACAGAGGAUUGUCUUGUUACAGAAAACAACAAAACACCAUUACAGAGGAUUGUCUUGUUACAGAAAACAACAAAACACCAUUACAGAGGAUUGUCUUGUUACAGAAAACAACAAAACACCCAUCUUUAUAAUUCCUGAAGCUAUGUACAGUUUGAGUAUUUGUAUAUGUUUUGUAUUCUCGAACUAAACUGUUAUACUCAAACUAAACUGUACCCCCAGAGUAGAGCAAUCCCCUUGUAUUGUAAAAGGCUUCUGCCUAGACGGACCUUUUGUUUAUUCUUGAAAGCAGGGCCGUGUUCGUUAGGGCACAAACGUUUUGCAACUAAGGGGUGGGGGGAAAGCGUUUCUGAUUGGACAAGUCCAGGCAGAACAUCUCCAAUUUCGGACCGUUUUCUUCGUUUUGGUGCCUAAUGAACAAGACCGUGGCGACUUUCUGGGAGAUGUUUCUCAUCUGCAGCUACACUUUUGGACUGACUGAACUGAAUGUCAUGCAGUAUUUGAGUGUGAGGACCUGACUGCUCCAGACUCGUUUUAACAGGAAUGGGCAGUCAAACCUGUAUAAUAUACACACUCGAUUACAUGUGUAUAUAUGACGUAUAUAUAUUUUUCAACUUUUCACUGUGCUUCUGAUUUUACUAUGCGUUCCUCUUUUAACUGACUGCUUCUUUUACAUUUUAUUUUUUACAUUUGGUGAAAAAAUAGGAGAUUUUUCUGUUGUCUGCCUGCAAUUUUUGCAUCCCAAAUGGCAACCUAUUCCCUAUAUAGUGCACUGUUUGACCACAGCCCUAUGGGACCUAUUCCCUAAUAGUGCACGAUACAAAAGAAUAGGGUGUAAUUUGGUAUGCAUGCUUAUUUCUUUGUCUGCUUUUUAGUCCCAUUUUAAGUGCAGUUAUGUGGUCUCUAACAAGGUGCGGGUUUUAAACUUAUCUUUUAAGAGGAAAUGUUUAUGAAAUCAUCAUGAGGAUGUGUAUAGGUCGUAAUAUUAAUGUAGAAUAAGGUUUCACUUGGAAGACCAUUCAACAAGCCAUAAUGAUGGCCCAGAUAUUAAUUUAGAAAAUGUAUAUUUGAGAUUUCACCACUUUCUGAUGUUUAAAGAUGUUUAAAAAUACCCUUAAGAUGCUCUGUUUUUAGGGUGUGAUGAAGAGUUUUAAGGAGGAAGGAAGGAAGGCUUCGGAGCUCCUGCACUUUUUGUAAAAAAUACUUUUAAAUCCAGCCCUAUGUAAAAAUCAUUUUUUGUACACAAGUUAUCACCUCAAUUGUUAUGUCCGGACUAUUUUGAAAUCGUAGCACCAGCAAAACGGCUAACAUUUUGUUUUAUCUUUUAAAUCAUGUGUUUCAAUGCUGUUCUUAGUCUUGUGUGUGUGGAAUUUCUUAUGUAAGAGUCUUAAAGUUUGGCCGAUAAGACUCCAUGUUGUCAUUGACCAUCUUGGACGGUCACUCCUGUUGUACUCGGUGUUACUCAAUGGUGUCCUUGAUCAUAAAUACAUUUUUAUACAAUUAAUGAA